UAGUUACGAAAUUAUAACCCCUAAACAAAGUACCAAUCUUUCUUUUGCUUCGUUGCGAAUCAAUUAUAACUCAACUGCUUCUCCCAGGCAGCGAUCGAAACCCCCAAAACCUCAAAAACUCUUCCACCCACUAUAAAUUCCCAAAUCCUUCCCAACCCCACACCCAUUAUUUUCUUACGAUUUCCGCCCACAAUCGUUGUUUUCCGGGGGAUACAAGUUCAUGGCAACUGCAACUAUGGCCACGGCUGCUGGUGCAGCUGCACUUCUAUAUUAUACAUUGAACCGUAAGUUGCACUCAAGUGGAGAUCAAGAUGAUGGGGAUGUAGAUGGUAAUGAUGCUCCCACUCAUGCUCUUCUUGGAGGUGAUCGAGUUUCUCAUAGACUGAUUCAAGCGCCUGCUACAUGGCUUGAGACAAUUUCAACAUUAUCUGAGACCUUAAGGUUUACAUACUCGGAGACUCUUGGAAAGUGGCCCAUCGGGGAUUUGGCGUUUGGAAUUAAUUUUCUCUUAAAGAGACAGGGGAACUUACAUGUAGGCAGCGUAUUUGGUAAUGAAGACAGUAUUCAGCUUAAGGGAAAGGAAAUGAUUACUGAGCUGAAGUACCUCUUGCACUUAUUGACUUUGUGUUGGCAUUUCUCAAAAAAACCAUUUCCGCUGUUUCUAGAAGAAACUGGUUUUUCUAAGGAAAAUGUUCUCCUUCAGGAACCAAAAGCAGGAAUUUUGAAGCCUGCUUUUACCAUUAUAGUUGACCAUAAUACAAAAUGUAUCCUCUUGUUGAUUCGUGGAACACACAGUAUCAAAGACACUCUUACAGCAGCCACUGGAGCUGUGGUGCCAUUCCAUCACAGUGUUGUGCAUGAAGGAGGGGUUAGCAAUUUGGUUUUAGGAUAUGCGCACUGUGGAAUGGUCGCAGCCGCUCGUUGGAUUGCGAAGCUGUCUACUCCUUGUCUUUUGAAAGCUCUUGGUCAAUAUUCUGGUUAUAAUAUUAAGGUUGUGGGGCAUUCUUUGGGUGGAGGAACGGCUGCACUUCUAACUUAUAUUUUAAGAGAGCAGAAGGAGUUAUCUAUUACUUCUUGUGUUACAUUUGCCCCAGCUGCUUGUAUGACAUGGGAACUAGCAGAGUCAGGCAAUGAAUUUAUCACUUCUGUGAUUAAUGGAGCUGAUUUGGUGCCUACCUUCUCAGCUGCUUCAGUAGAUGACCUGCGCGGUGAGGUUACUGCUUCUGCUUGGGUAAAUGAUCUGAGAAAUCAAAUUGAGCGCACUCGAAUUCUUAGCACUGUUUACCGUUCUGCUUCAGCAUUGGGAUCCCGUCUCCCAUCCAUAGCGAGUGCAAGAGCGAAAGUUGCUGGUGCAGGAGCCAUUCUGAGACCAGUCUCCAGUGGCACACAGGUUGUGAUGAAGAGAGCGCAGAGCAUGGCUGCGGCAGCAUGGACACGACCUUCACUCCGUUUAUCAUCUUGGUCAUGCAUAGGCCCACGUCGUAGAGCCAUGGCUUCCCACUCAGUGGCUGAGGAAGGUGGAAGUUCUCCAAAACCAUCUCCAAGAAAAAUGGAAUCUUGUGAGCCACUUAGAUCAACCCCCGAAGAAAUUGUCGAAGCUAUUGAACCAACUGAAUCUUCCACUACGGCGAUGGAAUGGAGUAAUGAAAUAGAAUAUUCUUAUUCUGAGGAGAUAAAUCCUGAGGGUAUCACAGAUGAGCUUGAUGAUGAUGGUCAAACCCUCAUGAGCAAUAUUCAAGAUGAACAAAUGACGGAAGUCGAAUUAUGGCAGCAACUCGAGCAUGAACUAUACGACAAGGGCGAACCUGAUGUUGCAGAGGAGAUAAGAGUAGAAGAAGCUGCUGCUAUGGCAGAAGUAGGACAGUCUGAUAGCUCUGCUAGUGGAAUAAAGGAAGCGCACAGAUUUUUUCCCGCUGGGAAGAUCAUGCAUAUUAUCGAUAUCCAAUCAGAUGCCCCUGAUUGUGAAAGUGAUAGCAGCAGCUCCACAUCCAGCAUCUCAGAAAAUAGCCCCCUGGCAGAGUGUAAGAUUGGUAUUUUCCUUACAUCAAGAUCAUUGUAUAGCAAACUCAGAUUAUCUCAGACAAUGAUAAGUGACCACUACAUGCCAGCUUAUAGAAGACAGGUAGAAAAGUUAAUUAAAGAAUUAGAGAAAGAAGAAUGUUAUAAUCAGAUAAUGGAAAGGUAGAGUUCUAUAGAGAAAUGUGAACAUUUGAUUAAAGAACUUAUGUACAGAGUAGGAUUUGCGGCCCCCAAUUGAUUUAGAAACGGAUUUUCUUAUAGCGCAAAAGUUUUCCACUACUAUGGUUGAAUGAGGUAAUUACAUGUUGGCUGAGCUGUCCUUCAGAAUGUUAUCAAUCUUGAUGCAAAGGCAUCGUACUAUUUCAUCAAGUUGUUGAUUCCUUUA